AAAUCUCCUUCCCUGUUUUUCUUUCCUCAAUGUGGGAGCAGCUGCUUGUUGGAUCCUAAGCUUGCAGGAAUAAGGAGCAGUGAACGCACCAUGGGUCUAUUCAGCUCUCUGAGUGCCAUCAUCACCAGGGUUUUAUUUAUUCUGGUUGCUCUGGUCGCCGUCUGGAGGGUGACAUUCGUCAAGGAAGAUCCCUUUUACUGGUUGCUGACUUUACUCUUUGUGCCGCUUGUUGCUGAAAUGAUAAUAACACUGAAGUGGCGAGAAGGACAGGAUUACAAAUGGUUUUCUCCUACCAUUUUUCUGUUUCUCAUAAGUAUCAUUCCCUCCAUCUGGAUUCUGGAGCUCCACCACCAAGAUAACAAGUCUUUGGACAUUAAGUGCAAUCGCCUUGAUAGUAUUCUCAGUGGGAUCAACCAGAGUGAAAGUUUGAAAAACCUCACAGUCCUUGAUUCUAUUAAGAAUUGGGGUAACAUGUUUUCAAGUGUCUGCCAGAACAGCUGGAUCCUGGCUCUUCAUCAGAUUGUGCUCAUCCUCGUCAUCAUAGGGAAGUGGAUUCUCCCUUUGGGUGGUGGGGUCUCUAGAGAUCAGCUGUCUCAGCUUCUGCUUAUAUUUGUUGGCACAGCAGCAGACAUCCUGGAGUUUACCAGUGAGACAAAGGAUGAUAUACAAAACAGACCUCAGCUGGUCUACGUCAUCCUAGCUGUGUGGACUUGGAGCAUGCUGCAGUUCCCCUGUCAUCUGUGUGUGGUGAGGACCAUGAGCAACGAGGCAGCUGAUGAAGGCAUCCGGGAAGACUCCCUCUGGUCCAAACACAGCACUGACCUAUGGAGCAUCGUGGAGACCCUGUUCAUUCAGGAUGGCCCCUUCCUGGUAGUCCGGCUCACCUUAAUGAUAUACUUUGGUGUUUUUCACCAAAUGCUUAUUUUCUUUUCCUUUAAAAACUUCCUGGUUAUCAUCCUCAGCGUGUACAGGUUGUUUGUUUUAUACCUGGACUUCAGGUCCUCCAGUCACAGCAGCUCUGACUAAAGAGUAUGAAUCUCUGACAGGGUGGAGAGAUGUCAGAUCUAGGAUGUUAUAGAAAUAGCUUACAGGCAGAAAUACUUACAUGUGAAGCAGGGAAUAAAUAAUUUUGUGUAAUUCUGUCUUCUGUUCUAACACCUUACCUUAUAGCUACAGGGUGUAAACAAUUAGCUGAAAAUACCUGGUAUUGUUCAGAUCUAAAAGAAUAACCUGCUUUCUGUUACCUAAAGGGAUAAAGCUGAAUUUAUAACUUUGUUCAUUUCAAAACACACAGUUUUAUAUUCUUAACUUUCUAUUUAAAAUAUCAAACUUAAUUAGAGUGCACACAUUUUCUGUCACAUAUUAAAUAAAAGAUCAAAUUAAACAGUAAACAGGGUACAUUAGACAAAAUGCUCAAUAUAAU